AUGCGUAGCAGAGAGCACGACGAUGAGGAUGAGCAGCUGCGAAAAGCCAUCGAGGAAAGCCAGCGUGAGGCCGGACCUGGUAGCGAGGGUGCCACAGGACGACGCAAUGGCAAGCGUGGCCGGGAUGACAGCAGCGAGGAAAGCAAGCACGAUUCCAAACGACAGCGACGAGCAUCGGAGACCGUGCCCUCAAUUGAGAGAACGGCGUCAGUGGAAGACGACUCAGACGAUGGCACCAACACCACUGCAGGCAGAACCAAGAAAGCAAAGGCCGACGCCGCGCUUCUGGCACGGGAAGCUGAGAGGAAAGAGAAGGACAAGGAGCGUGAGAAGCAAAAGGCCGACGCCGCUGGUCGACGACAAGAGCGAGCUAGGAGCAGACGCAACGAUGAUGCCGACGCGGCAGAAGACACACCACCGAAGCCAACGCCAAGUGCAAAGACGCCACCACCGCCGCCCUCGUCCCAGCCGCCGUCUCCGCCCCCAGCAGACAAGGUUCCACCCAAGAAAGGCCCUGGCAAGAAGCCUCCUAAAAAGCUUGGCAAUAAUCAAUACACGAAGGCAAAGUACGAACAGGCCGCAUCAUCACCUCAUGGCAGGAAGAGACAGAUCAUGGUUUCGGGGAGUGGUGAUGAGACUCCCGACGGUCUUGGGAAUGGAGAAACAAAUGGCAAUACCAGCGCUGGCGGUAAGACCAGUCCACCUGCGGAGAAUGGAGUCAACACUGGAAAAGCCAAGUUCGGGCGAGGCAAGAAGAAUGCCGUCAACGGCAACAGCAUGAAAUCAAGCGACGCAGAGCCUGUCGAGCGGACAUAUAACAAUAUGAAUUCGCUCCUGACAGCCAUGAGUGAAUCUGUCAAGAGGGAAGGCUCGCAGCUUGUCAAUGAGAUGCAGACCACGAUAUCGGGUGGUGCAGUGCAGAAUGAUUGGAUCAAUGCAAUACCUCCGGAUGACAAGCCACUGGAGGAAUUGACGGCACUAGAAACGGCUGCAAGGUUUCAGGCAGGCGUGCUGAAGUGGCAGCAGCAAUACGGACCGUUACAGCGUGAGGUAACGCAGCCAGAAAAUUCGGGUGCAGUCUCAUAGGAUGACAAAUUGGAAGAGGAAGAGCAAGACUUCCAGAGCAGGCUUGCCUCAUGGCUAGCAUCAUUCUGAUUGCAGAUAAGCAGUCAACGCAAC